CCUGCCCCGGCCCGGCCCGCAUGGCGGCCGGCACGCGCGCGGCGGCCGCUCCUCGCCGGCCAGCGCCCAUGGCCCAGUGGCGGAAGAAGAAGGGGCAGCGGCGGCGCCGGGGCGCGGCCCCCCCGGCCCAGGGCAGCGACUCGGAGGACGGCGAGUUCGAGGUCCAGGCGGGAGAUGACGCCCGGGCCCAGAAGCCGGGCCCCGGGCGGCCCCUGCCCUCCUUCCCCUCCUCGGAGUGCACCUCGGACGUGGAGCCGGACACGCGGGAGAUGGUGCGGGCCCAGAACAAGAAGAAGAAGAAGUCUGGGGGCUUCCAGUCCAUGGGCCUGAGCUACCCCGUGUUCAAGGGCAUCAUGAAGAAGGGCUACAAGGUGCCGACACCCAUCCAGAGGAAGACCAUCCCCGUCAUCCUGGACGGCAAGGACGUGGUGGCCAUGGCCCGGACGGGCAGCGGCAAGACGGCCUGCUUCCUCAUCCCCCUGUUCGAGCGGCUCAAGGCCCACAGCGCCCAGAGCGGGGCCCGCGCCCUGGUCCUCUCGCCCACCCGCGAGCUGGCGCUGCAGACCAUGAAAUUCACCAAAGAGCUGGGCAAGUUCACAGGCCUCAAGACCGCCCUGAUCCUCGGUGGGGACAGGAUGGAAGACCAGUUUGCGGCGCUCCAUGAGAACCCGGACAUAAUCAUCGCCACCCCCGGGCGCCUGGUGCACGUGGCCGUGGAGAUGAACCUCAAGCUGCAGAGUGUGGAGUACGUGGUGUUCGACGAGGCGGACAGGCUCUUCGAAAUGGGCUUUGCAGAGCAGCUGCAGGAAAUCAUCGGGCGCCUGCCCGGGGGCCAGCAGACGGUGCUCUUCUCCGCCACGCUGCCCAAGCUGCUGGUGGAGUUCGCCCGCGCAGGCCUCACGGAGCCUGUGCUCAUCCGGCUGGACGUGGACUCCAAGCUCAACGAACAACUCAAGACCUCCUUCUUCCUGGUGCGCGAGGACGCCAAGGCCGCCGUGCUCCUGCACCUGCUGCGCAGCGUGCUACGGCCCCAGGACCAGACGGUGGUCUUCGUGGCCACCAAGCACCAUGCGGAGUACCUCAGCGAGCUGCUGACGACCCAGGGGGUGAGCUGCACCCACAUUUACAGCGCCCUGGACCAGACAGCCCGCAAGAUCAACCUCGCCAAGUUCACACACAGCAAGUGCUCUGUGCUCCUUGUCACCGACCUGGCGGCCCGGGGCCUGGACAUCCCGCUGCUGGACAACGUGGUCAACUACAGCUUCCCCGCCAAGGGCAAGCUCUUCCUGCACCGCGUGGGCCGCGUGGCCCGGGCCGGCCGGAGCGGCACUGCCUACUCUCUGGUGGCCCCUGACGAGCUCCCCUACCUGCUGGACCUGCACCUGUUCCUGGGCCGCGCCCUCAGCCUCGCCUGCCCCGGGGACGCGCCCUCGGCGGGGGGCGCAGACGGCGUGCUGGGCCGGGUGCCGCAGACUGUGGUGGACGACGAGGACGGCGGCCUGCGGACCGCGCUGGAGGCCUCGCAGGAGCUGCAGGGCCUGGGCCGCGUGGCCGGCAACGCGCAGCAGCAGUACGUGCGCUCGCGGCCCGCGCCCUCGCCAGAGUCCAUCAAGAGGGCCAAGGAGCUGGACGUGGCCGGGCUGGGCCUGCACCCGCUCUUCAGCUCACGCUGCGAGGAGCAGGAGCUGCAGCGCCAGCAGCUGGUGGACAGGAUCCGGGGCUACCGGGCGCGGGCGACCAUCUUCGAGAUCGGCGCCUCCAGCCGUGACCCGGGCGGCGAGGUCAUGCGCGCCAAGCGGCAGCGGCACUGCGGGGCCAUCGCCAGCUUCCAGCGGGACCUGCAGGCGCGGCAGCGGGAGCAGCGGCGGCGGGAGGCGCCCGUGGGCCCGGCAGCACGGGAGGAACAGCCGCAGCCGCGGGAGGAGGAGGAAGGAGAGGAAGAGGAGGGUGGUCCGAGCGUGGAGGACGUCUUCACCGAGGUGGUGGGCCGGAAGAGGUGGCAGCCGGGACCCGGCGGCAGAGCCAAGAGGCGGCGGGGGGAGGCGCAGCCGCGGGACCCGCAGUUCUACGUGCCCUACAGACCCAAGGACUUCGACAGCGAGCGGGGCCUGAGCGUCGGUGGGGACGGUGGUGCCUUCGAGCAGCAGGCGGCCGGCGCCGUCCUGGACCUAAUGGGGGACGAAGCCCAGAACCUCACCCGCGGCCGGCAGCAGCUCAAAUGGGACCGCAAGAAGAAGCGCUUUGUGGGACAGACGGGACAGGAAGACAAGAAGAAAAUCAAAACGGAGAGUGGGCGCUACAUCAGCAGUUCCUACAAGAGAGACCUCUACCAGAAGUGGAAGCAGAAGCAGAAGAUCGAUGACCGGGACUCGGAGGACGAAGGACCCUCUGACCGGCGAGCCCCCGAGCACAGGGGAGGAAGGCGGGGCCGAGGCCAAGGUGCCUCUCAGCCCCGCACCCCAGGGCCCCCUGCCGGCCGCGUGCGUUCCGAGCUGAAGACCAAGCAGCAGAUCCUGAAACAACGACGCCGCGCGCAGAAGAUGCGCUUCCUGCAGCGCGGAGGCCUCAAGCAGCUCUCGGCCCGCAACUGCCGCCGGGUGCAGGAGCUGAAGAAGGGCGCCUUCGGCCGGGGCGGCCCCUUCAACAAGAAGGGCAAGAUGAGGAAGAAGAUGUGAGGGAGGCGGCUGGACCUCCUGAAGUGCGCCCUGCAGGACCUUUGUCCUUGGCAAGCAACACUGCACAGCCGGUCAGAGACAGUCUGCAGAGAUGGGAGCAUUUGAGCAGGGUCUUGAAGGAUGCAUGGGAGUGUGCCAGGCAGGCCACGACCCGAGUUGGUGAUUUGCUGCUGCUUCCCGAUGUUUGGGGUUCUGAGGUCGUUGCCCACCCGGUCUGAGCCCCGAAUGUCUAAGGCCCGAUGGAGUCUUUUUAAUAAACCUUAUCAGUCACA